CCGGAAGUGAUGUUCGUGUACUCUGUCAGUGGUGGUUGGGUUGUCGUAGGCCGAAUAAUUUAUGUUAAUAAUUAAACAAUAACACCAAGGCGAGAAGCAAAUCGAGGCGUCCCUCUAUUUCGUGGUUUGUCUGCUGCCGACCUUGACCUCUCCCCCUGACCUUGACCUCUCACCCCUGACCCCACAGCUCACCACAGGGAUGAGCGCACAGAUGGAGCGCCGCGGGAUCCACGUGGACCAGUCCGAGUUGCUGUGUAAGAAGGGAUGCGGUUUCUACGGAAACGCGGCCUGGCAGGGGCUCUGCUCCAAGUGCUGGCGAGAGGAGAACCAGCACGCACGGCAGAAACAGAUCCAGGACGACUGGGCCCUGGCGGCACGGCUACAGAAGGAAGAGGAGGCUGCUUAUGCCAGUAGCCACCAGGGACCCCAGGGGCCUCAGGCCCCGCCGGCACACACCUCCAUAUCCUCCUUCUCAAAGUUCGAGGACAAGAAGAGCAACGAGAAGUCCCGCAAGGUCACCACAAUCAAGAAGAUCUUCAGUCCGUCGUCCAGAACCCCACCAAAGAAAGACUCAGGGCCUCCAGACACUCCGUCCCCCAGCACCAGUAGGGUCAGUGCGGAGAUGGACCGGGCCACGCAAGAGUUCAUCGACUUCCUCAAGACCCUGCACAAGCCCGGCCGCGAGAUCUUCAAGCAGUGUCGCGCUUUCACCGAGACCAUGGCCUACAAGAGGGACAUGAGCGCAGAGGAUCAGUCCGAGUGUGUCCAGGACUUCUACCAGAACUUGUCUGAUAAACUGCAUGCCUACUACAAGGGAUCCACAGAGAAAGUAGAGUUGGUCAUGGACGAGGUGGAGAAGUACAUGAUGAUCCGGCUCUACGAAGACGUCUUCUGUCCUGAGACCACGGAUGAUGAGAAAAAAGACCUGGCCAUCCAGAAGAGAAUCAGGGCGCUGCACUGGGUGACUAUUAAGAUGCUGGGCGUCCCUGUGAACGAGGAGAUCCCCGCUGUGUCUGAUAACGUGGUGAAAGCCAUCACUGCCAUCAUCGAGGUGGACUCUAAGCGUGUCCCACGGGAGAAGCUGUCGUGCGUCACGAUGUGCAGCAAGCACAUCUUCAACGCCAUCAAGAUCACCAAGAACGAGGCGGCCUCGGCGGAUGACUUCCUGCCCACGCUCAUCUACAUCGUGCUGAAGGCCAACCCGCCGCGCCUGCACUCCAACAUCCAGUACAUCACCCGCUUCUGCAACCCCAGCCGAAUCAUGACCGGGGAGGAUGGAUACUACUUCACCAACCUGUGCUGUGCAGUGGCCUUCAUCGAGAAGCUGGACGGCCAGUCGCUGAACCUGAGCCAGGAGGAGUUCGAGCUGUACAUGUCCGGCCAGGCCUCGCCCCAGAAGCCCCUCAGCCCCACCAGCGCCAGCGGUCCAGUCGGCUCGGCCACGGCGGCGUCGGCGUCGCAGGCGCACCACCACACGAGCCUGGACCUGCUGACCGGGCUGGACUCGCGGCAGGAGCAGGUUCUGGACGGCGCGCGGCGUCUGGAGCGGGACCUGAUCGAUUGGUGCGACGGCGUGGAGCACAGCGUCCAGGACGUGCUGGAGAAGUUCCCGCUCGACGGCGGCACCACAGCGCCGUCGGGAGCAGCAGCGGCAGCAGCAGCGGUACCGGCCGACCCAACCGCCAUCGACUCGGACAACGUGGAGAACGACAAACUGCCACCGCCACUCACGCCACAGCUCUUCGCUAGAUAGCGUAGCCGCGGAUGCUAACGCUAGCUCCAGCUCUUGCUCCAACCCUCCACGCCAGUCCCCCUCAGGUCCAGAGACCUCUCCCCCACCGUAGGGCACCCCCUGGGGGGACACUCUUGAGUGUGGCUCAGCCUGUUAGCUACUCAUCUCCCACCCCCAACCCCAUGCGUCUCCUUCUGGGUGUGUUUGCCAGUGGGGUACAGAAGAUGGAGAUAGAAAAGACACGUACAUGCUUCUGCACACACACACACACACACACACACACACACAACACAUGCUCUCCUUCUGUCACAUGCACAAAACACUAACUCCUAGACAUGCAUAUAAACACACUCCAAGGACUUUAAUAAUGAAGGUUCAUCCAGCUUUGGGACAAGGUUGUGCACUUCCCAGAAUGCAUUGGGCUAAGAUAACUCCCCACAAGGGAAGGGGCAGGCGUGUUAAUCACGCCUACUCAGGGGUAACACAGGUGUAGGCAAGAGCUCCUUUAGAGAGGGCUCAUAUGCUAUGCUAUAGCUAUGCUAGCCCAGCUGACCAGGCCUGCCCCAGGGUUUGCAGUUGGUGUGAUCAGUUAAGAGGAGCCCAGAGCCACACACAGACUGAUUCCAGUGACUCCCUGCAGGGGCAGUUGGGUAAAGCAGUGCUGGGGCGGUUGGGUAAGGCAGUGCUGGGGCGGUUGGGUAAGGCAGUGCUGGGGUAGUUGGGUAAGGCAAUGCUGGGGUGGUUGGGUUGUUUGGUAAGGCAGUGCUGGGGCGGUUUGGUAAAGCAGUGCUGGGGCGGUUGGGUAAGGCAGUGCUGGGGCGGUUGGGUAGUUGGGUAAGGCAGUGCUGGGGUGGUUGGGUAGUUGGGUAAGGCAGUGCUUCUCUACCUCCAUCCACAGCACACGGCUUCAUUUCUGUCUUCGCAGGAAGACAGUGCCAAAUCCCUCUGACAUAAAUCCAUAGUGUGUGUGUGUGUGUGUGUGUGUGUGUGUGUGUGUGUGUGUGUGUGUGUGUGUGUGUGUGUGUGUGCCAGUGGAUAUAGUAGUGCUGUUCCAGUUUGCAGCCUAGGAAUCCAAGUAGUGCUUCCGUUAAGUGGCCAAACCCAAUACCCCCUCCCCCUCAGUAAAGGCUAGAUGAAGGAAAAAAGUUUAAGUGACGUUAUUUAAUCAGAAAAAAAAAAAGCCAACCUGUUGACCCCAGAUGUGACCACCCUCAUAAGCAUGGCUGCAUUUUCUUUUAUAUGCCUGGGGUUUGACUUGAUGAAUUUGAUCCUGCCUGCGUUGGUCACUGCCUAAGCUUGAACUAGAUGAAGUAAACAGCAGUACAGUAAGAGGGAGAUGCCAUGGGCAUUAAGCAUCCACAGCCCUUAGAAUCGUCUGAUAGAGCUCUCUGUGGAAGCAUCCACAGCCCUUAGAAUCUCUGUGAAAAGCAGUGUGUGGCUGCUAGCGGGUUUUCAAAUAACCUAAGAAACAAAUGGCCUAAACAAAUCCUAGUAAUAAUCAUAGUAAACAACAACAGGAUUGGCCAGUGACCGCAGGGUCAGCUUGAGCAGGCCUGGUGACCCUCAGCACAGUUUGGACACGUCAGGAGCUGAAGCUGAGCGAUCUGUUCGUAAGGCCUGAGCCAUGAAAUGAACCGAAUGCUAAUUGCCCAUAGACUUGCUCUGGGAGUCGUUGGUAACACUUUACUCUACAUUUUGCACAAGGCUGACAUGACCCCUCUCCAACAUGUCAUGACGAAUACCUUUACUCACUGCCUUCACUGUCACUGUCAGGUGUGAUCAUGUCAGGCGUCAUGUUACCAUGACCGAUCACAGAAUCGUUUUACACAGUGGCACUUUAAAAGAAUGUGACCGGCUGUUUUGGAAUCUAAAAUUCAGAGAAGUCAUUGACCAAUAAUGAUGCAAAGUCACUGUUGGAGUUUUUCACUGACCUCUGACUAUCAUGAAGUCUAAUAACAGGACCGGUAUCUGUCAUGACCUGUUUAAGACUUGCUUAUGUCACUCGUGUGACUGCAGGUUUAUGUAAAGUGUCACUGAAAGGUCUUUGGUAUUAGUUAUGUAUGGUUCUAUAUUUUAGACUGUUGUUACUAUAUUUAUUUAUUUAUAGUAAUGACUUAAUGUAUCACAUAUUUAAGCACAUCUUGGCUACUCCUGCAUUUGUUUUGCGGAUUUUUCUUCUCAGCAAUUAUGUUUCAUAUGACAUUUUAAAGUGUGGUUUGAACAUUUCUAAUGGUCUCUCUUUUUAACCAGAAAACGCAUGACUUAAAGAUCUGUAUAAACUUACUAUUGAUAAUAACUUUGGCGUUUAUUUUAUUCAAUCCUUGUUUAAGUAAGCUGUGUGCUUGGGUAUGGGUCAAAUCAAGUGUCCCUAAACAUUGUAAUUCAUGGCAGACAAUGAUCAAUAUGGCAUUUACCAUUGAUUAAAUCAUGUGAUUUUGUCUUUGAAGUAUUUAAAUAGCAGCGGGCCAUCUGUUUAUAAGCACAGUAUGUCUAUAGUGGCCAUUAGUUGUAUUUAUGAAUUGCAUUGAGAUGAAUUAAAAACAAGUAAACAUC